AUGACUAAAAACGCUUAUCACCACGAGCCAAUUUGGUGGAAGCAAGGUGUCGUCUACCAAAUCUACCCUGCAUCCUUCAAAGACACCAAUGGUGAUGGCAUUGGCGAUAUUCCCGGUAUUAUCUCCAAGCUUGACUAUAUCCAAGACCUCGGCGUCGACAUUAUCUGGGUUUCGCCACACUACAAAAGUCCCCAGGUCGAUAUGGGCUAUGAUAUAUCUGACUUCCAAGAUAUCCAUGAGCCCUAUGGAGCUCUCGAAGAUUGCCAGCGCCUUAUACAACAGAUUCAUGACAGAGGAAUGCGAGUCAUCUUCGACUUGGUUAUCAAUCACACCUCCAAUCAACACCCUUGGCAGUCAAAGGUCGAUGGAAACGGCAAUAAGUGCAGACCUAAUAACUGGCGAAGUCAGUUCACAAAACCUGCCUGGAUGUUCGACGACACGACUCAAGAAUAUUAUAUCCAUGUUUAUGCUUCUGGGCAGCCAGAUCUAAACUGGGAGAACAAAGCCUGUCGCCGCGAAAUCUACGACAACGCUAUCAAGUUCUGGCUCGACCGUGGAGUAGACGGAUUUCGAGUUGAUACAGUCAACAAGUUCUCUAAAGUAUCUGGUCUACCAGAUGCCCCGAUCGUCGAGCCGGAUCAAGAGACGCAAAUAGCUGUUUUUCAUUAUGCGAAUGGUCCUCGUAUCCACGAAUAUCUCUGCGAAAUGAAACAAGUCAUGGCCCUAUGA